AACUAAAGUCACAAAAUCAACACUAAAUCAUAUUCAUCAAAAAACACCCCUCCCCACUUUUCACUCUUUUCUCUCCCAACCCAUUAUGGGGUUUCCCACCGCAAAACCCAAAAAAUCCAAAUUCCCCCUAACCCACCCAAAAUUCCUAUCCAAUCAUAGUGAAUGGCCUAACGAUCGGAUAAUUUUAUUUCAACCCACUUACUCUACCGAAUCAAAGAGCUAAACCGGGAAAAAAACAACUUUGAUUUAGACAAUCACAACCCCAAACGACCCGUUGGAGUCAGCCAGCCGACGCUUUCUUUCACACUUGAAGUGGCUGAGCCACCGCCACUUCCCACAGUGUACUCCCCACCUCAGCUCUAAAUGAACUGGAACCCACUGAAUCUCCUCCGUCCACUCCUACCGGUGAAAUCAACGGAAUAAUCUCGGCCAGUUUUUUCCCCCCAAGUUUCUGAAAUUUCUUAUUGUUUUUCUUUUAUCAUACUAAAAUUUCUUAUUCUUGGAACAAAGCUCUCUACAAAAUCUUUUCGGUUAAAACUGGCCCAAAAGCAUCGCGGGGCACCCUUCCCUCCCCUUCCUUUUCGUCAGUAACUUUCCUUCUUCGAUCGAACUUCCUCUGAAUCCCGUCCAUGGCGAAUCAUCGAGGCCACCGCUCGGUGGCGGGAGGAUUCACUGCUCGCGCCUUCAGAUUGCUCGCUUACGCCAUUACGGUCGCUGUCUUCAUCUUCGUCGCUUCCUCCUUCCUCUUCACUUCUCACACUCAGUCCCCCACUUCCUCCAUCCCUCACCACUUCGGUUUGGGAGGUGUUUCGCACGAUCUUGGAUCUGGGAGGAGAUCUGUAUUGGCAUUGAAGACGGAUCCGCUGAAGCCACGAUUGGACCAGAUCCGGAAGCAAGCGGAUGAUCACCGCUCUCUGGCUCUGGCUUAUGCCUCCUACGCAAGGAAGCUUAAGCUUGAGAAUUCCAAGCUUCUCAGGAUCUUCGCAGACUUGUCGCGGAACUACACUGAUCUUAUCAACAAGCCUGCCUACAGGGCUCUGUUUGAGUCAGAUUCCACAUCGAUUAUGGAAGAAUCCACGCUGCGACAGUUUGAGAAGGACGUUAAGGAGCGGAUCAAGGUCACCCGCCAAGUGAUCUCUGAGGCAAAAGAGAGUUUCGACAAUCAGCUCAAGAUUCAGAAGCUGAAAGACAUCAUUUUUAGCCUCAACGAGCUCCUGACCAAGGCUAAGAAGCAAGGGGCUUUCUCGAGUCUGAUUGCUGCAAAAUCCAUCCCCAAAAGCUUGCAUUGUCUGGCAAUGCGGCUGAUGGAGGAAAGGAUUGCUCAUCCUGAGAAAUAUUCCGACCAAGGGAAGCCACAGGCUCCCGAGUUGGAGGAUCCUACACUUUACCACUACGCCAUAUUUUCCGAUAAUGUGAUUGCUGCAUCAGUUGUGGUGAAUUCAGCUGUCAAGAAUGCAAAGGAGCCGUGGAAGCACGUUUUUCACGUGGUGACGGAUAAAAUGAAUCUUGGGGCAAUGCAGGUUAUGUUCAAGUUGAAGGAUUACAAUGGGGCUCACAUUGAAGUGAAAGCUGUUGAGGACUAUAAGUUCCUGAAUUCUUCUUAUGUCCCCGUGCUGAAGCAAUUGGAGUCUGCGAAUCUGCAGAAGUUCUACUUCGAGAACAAGCUUGAGAAUGCAACUAAGGAUACCACAAACAUGAAGUUCAGGAACCCCAAGUACUUGUCGAUCUUGAAUCAUCUGAGGUUUUAUUUGCCCGAGAUGUACCCAAAGCUGCAUCGGAUAUUGUUCUUAGAUGACGACAUCGUGGUACAGAAGGACUUAACAGGUUUGUGGGAGAUCGAUAUGGAUGGGAAGGUGAUUGGGGCUGUGGAGACUUGUUUCGGGUCAUUCCAUAGAUAUGCCCAGUACAUGAACUUCUCACAUCCUUUGAUUAAGGCUAAGUUUAAUCCAAAGGCAUGUGCCUGGGCUUAUGGAAUGAACUUCUUUGAUUUGGAUGCUUGGAGGAGGGAGAAAUGCACAGAGGAAUAUCAUUACUGGCAGACUCUGAACGAGAACCGGACAUUGUGGAAGCUCGGGACACUACCUCCAGGGCUGAUCACAUACUACUCAACAACGAAACCACUGGACAAGUCGUGGCAUGUGCUGGGGCUUGGGUACAACCCAAGCAUUAGCAUGGAUGAGAUCCGGAAUGCAGCAGUGGUUCACUUCAAUGGGAACAUGAAGCCAUGGCUUGAUAUAGCCAUGACCCAAUUCAAACCGUUGUGGACAAAGUUUGUUGAUUAUGAGUUGGAGUUUGUCCAACAAUGCAACUUCGGAGUUUAACAAAAAAUGUUUUCUGGGUGCACGGAUCUACGAAUGCAAGAUCCCCAAACUGCUUAAACCUGGGGCUGUGGUUAGCGCGCGAAAAAGAAAUCGGUACCAGUUGCUUCUUUCUCUCAAGUGUAGCAUAUAUAUCACGUCGAUUUUAGCUGUGUAAUUCUUUUUCUUCUCCUAAUUUAUGUUCUAUUCAUAAACAUCAAGUAAUUAGAGUUGUCCAUUUGGGCUGGGGUAUUUGAGCAGUUUUAAGCAUCUGAAGAAAAGAAGAUGCAUGUUUGUGUGUUUUGGUAGUGCCUUGAUCUUUUUUCGACUGAUUCCUUGAACUUGGAAGUAGUUAAGUACGCCACUACACAAAGGAUAUUCUAGGUGUCGUUUGCUUUGUGGAUUUGUUCUCGGUGAGGACUUUCCAAGAGGCAACCAGAAGACCAGAAUUACAAGUCAAGAACAGACUUGGAUAUUAGUUCAUACAUUUUGGAUAUUAGUUAGUAUAUACUAACUAAUUUUCAAGUUAGCAGAAUAAUUAGGCUGUAGCCUA